CCCCAAAGCCAAAAUUUUGGACUAUCUUCUCCCAACAUUGUGUUUACAUCGAUCAGAGUCUUCCAUGCAUGAAGACUUGGUCGAUGGGAAGCUGUAUGGAAAAAUUCUUUUGGAUCUGUGAAACGCCAAUGGUUGUAGAUCUUCUUGAGAUGUGAAGAAAUCGAUAUCUUUCUAAACAACCGUGCCAAACUUUUAUUUUAAACACAUUGUAUUUAUUUCCUGUUAUUGUUGGCUGAACAGACCAAACUCAGCCCAAAUCCUCAUUAUUACAAAAACUUCUUUUUCCUUUCUAUUGCCCCAGUUACUAUGUUUUUGACCUUGUGUUGUUUGGGACACAAAUUGCCUGAUACCCUCCAUUAAGGUUUGUAAUAAAAAAUUCACAAUUUAAAUGGUAAAAAAAAAUUACUCUUACUGGUUGAUUUUCCAAGAGCAAAAGCAUCAUCAUUUGAGGUGUUUGGUAAAUUUCCUGUCAGUCAACUGAUAGUUAUUUCCUGUCUAUAUAUGUUUUAUGUCUUUUUUUUUCUUUUCCUGUUUCUGGUGACAAAAAUGCAAUUUUUGUGCAGCACCAAAUAAGACAUGAUGACUUUUACAACCCCACACUAAUAUCAGGAAGACCUCAACUGCUAGAGCAGUCAAAGACAGAACCUUUCCUAGGGUGUAAGAGUGUCAGUGCAGUAAGAAUGGAAGUAAGAAACUAUGUGAAUGUACCAGUCAACAGAGGGAUGGACAAGGCUAGAGGAAGUAAUAAAAUUCUUCAGAUUGUCGGAGUCAGCUUUGUUCUGUUCUGUAUCAUACGAUCAGCUCUCAACAUUUAUUUUUGGCAGCAACAAGUUGGGCUUAAUAAAGUCUUUAAUGUCUCGGAAUGCAAUGCCAGCUUGCUAUCAGAAAAUGACAUCAGAGAACAUGCUGUAAAGGAAAACCAUGUUGAAGAAAUAAACCAACUGAAGCAAGAUAAAGCCAAACUGAGUAAAGAGAACAAUCAACUGAAGCAAGAUAAAGCCAAACUGAGUAAAGAGAACAAUCAACUGAGGCAAGAAAAAAUCAGUCUGGUUCAAGAGAAAAAUAAACAACUUGAAAAUGAACAGAAUUUCAAAAAUGAAAAGAAUCAACUCUUCCAAGAGAAAAAAUUACUACAGGACGACAAUGACAAACUGAAUAAAAUACUUCAACAGAAUGAAGAGAGAAUGAAGCGCCUGAUGGAGGAAAACAGAAAGCUACAAGAUCAGAUAACAGAUGUAUUGCCCCACCUGCCAUCCACCCCGGAAUGCCCCCCAGUGUCUUCCCCAGUGUGUCCCCCAUUAACUCCCCCAAUAUGCCCCCCAGUAGAUCCCCCACUCCCCCAGUAUGUCCCCCAAUAA